UUAUUUUUUCAAAUUGAUUUUUUUUAUUCAUUUAAAAAAUUGAAUUCUUUCAAUCAUAGAUUUUCGUCGUUUGAAAUCUGUGUGAAAAUUAACCAGAAUUUUGUGAAAUUUGAAGGUGACAGUUGUCAUUCGAUAUAUUCUGUGUAUGUGUUUGGUGUGUGUGUGUUAUUGAGAAUUACAAUGUCUCAAUCACAAUCAUUAUCAAUUUCAAUCGAUAAAGAUGCUUUUUUUCGUCGUAUUCGGUUAUUAUACAAUGCAUGGAAGAAUGGUCAUGAUGAAGAAUCAUAUGCAAAUCUUGUUAAAUGCGAUGCCAUUAUGGUGUCUAUUGGUCAGGAAAAUGAAGUACUAUAUUGUAAAUCAUCGGCAAUACAAACAUGGUUAUUUGGCUAUGAAAUGACUGAUGUUAUUAUGGUAUUCUGUAAACGUAGUAUAUUUAUACUUGCAUCGAAAAAGAAAGUUGAUUUUCUUAAAACAAUUGAAUCGGGUAAAGAAAAUGAAGAAUCCGUACCACCUGUAACAUUAUUGGUACGUGAUAAAUCUGAUAAAGAUGCUUCGAAUUUUGAAAAAUUAUUAAAUUCUAUUGAAAAUUCGAGUACGGGAAAAAAUUUGGGUGCAUUCAUCCGUGAUAAAUUUCCCGGUGAAUUUACUGUUGAAUGGCAAAAACGAUUGGAUGGAAAAAAAUUCAAUGUCAUUGAUAUAAGCAUACCAAUUGCUUAUAUUAUGGCGACAAAAGAUGAUCAUGAAAUUAAUCUAAUAACUAAAUCGGCCAUGUUAACUUGUGAAUUAUAUACAAAAUAUUUAAAAGAAGAACUCACACGUAUUAUUGAUGAAGAUCGUAAAGUACGGCAUAUAAAACUAACUGAAGGUGUUGAACAAGCAUCACAGAAUAAAAAAUAUAUCAAAAAUGUUGAUACAUCACAAGUGGAAUUAUGUUAUCCAGCUAUCAUACAAAGUGGUGGACAAUAUAAUCUGAAAUUUUCCGCUUCAAGUGAUAGUAAAAUUUUACAUUUUGGUACAAUAACAUGUUCAGUCGGUUUACGUUAUCGACAAUAUUGUUCUAAUAUUGUCCGUACAUUAUUGGUAAAUCCAACCGAAGAACAGAAAAAACAUUAUGAAUUUUUAUUGACCGUUCAGGAAGUUAUAUUAGAUCGAUUAAAACCUGGAGCAAAUUUAGCUGAUAUUUAUCAAACGGCUGUUGAUAUGGUUGCUAAAUAUGAUCGAAAAUUGGUGGAUAAAUUCACCCGAAAUUGUGGUUUCAUUAUGGGUAUCGAAUUUCGAGAAAGUUCAUUACAAAUUGCACCGAAAUCAAUGGCCAUAGUAAAACGUGGAAUGGUAUUCAAUGUAAGUCUUGGAUUGGCAAAUUUAGAGAAUCGUGAAGCACCGGAUGAACAGAGUAAAAUAUAUGCAUUGUUCAUUGGUGACACUGUUUUGGUCAAAGAUGAUAAACAACCGGCAACGAUAUUGACACAAAGUAAAAAGAAAUUAAAAAAUAUAGCUAUCAUAAUUAAAGAUGAUGAUGAUGAAGAAGAAGAGGAAGAAGAACAAGAGGAUAAAAUGGAUGAUGUAGUUAAAGAUGCAUUACAAUCACGUGGUAGACGUACGGCUGUCAUUGAUACAAAACUCAGGUCGGAAGCAACCGAUAUUGAAAAACGUCGUCAACAUCAACGUGAAUUGGCCGUAUCAUUGAAUGAAGAAGCACGGGCACGUUUAGCACAAAAGUCUGGCCAUAAAGGUGAAGAACGAGCCAGAAAAUCAACAAUAUCAUAUCGAUCCACACAACAAAUGCCACAGGAACGUGAAAUUCAAGAAUUAAAAAUCUAUGUUGAUAAACGUUUUGAAACGAUUAUAUUGCCUAUAUUUGGUAUACCGGUACCAUUUCAUAUAUCGACCAUAAAGAAUAUUUCACAAUCGAUUGAAGGUGAUUAUACUUAUCUUCGUAUCAAUUUUUUCACACCUGGAACAACAAUAACAAAACAAGAAUCAUCGAUGUUUGCAUCGAAUGCUAAUCUUACGUUUUUAAAGGAAUUAACCUAUCGUUCUACCAAUUUAAAAGAGGCGGGUGAAAUUUCUGCACCAUCAUCCAAUCUUAAUACAGCAUUCCGUUUGAUUAAAGAAGUACAGAAAAAAUUCAAAACACGUGAAGCUGAAGAACGUGAAAUGGAAGGUAUUGUCAAACAGGAUCAACUUAUACUGUCGAAUUCAAAAACGAAUCCUCGACUUAAAGAUCUGUAUAUUAAGCCAAAUAUUAUUGCUAAACGAAUUCACGGAACAUUAGAAGCUCACCAGAAUGGUUUUCGUUUUACAUCGAUUCGUGGCGAUAAGAUUGACAUUAUGUAUAACAAUAUUAAACAUGCAUUCUUUCAACCAUGUGACGGUGAAAUGUUGAUUCUGUUGCAUUUUCAUUUAAAGAAUCCAAUAAUGUUUGGUAAGAAAAAACAGACAGAUGUUCAAUUCUAUACGGAAGUAGGUGAAAUAACUACCGAUCUUGGCAAACAUCAACAUAUGCAUGAUCGUGAUGAUUUAGCGGCAGAACAAGCAGAAAGAGAAAUGCGACAAAAAUUGAAAAGUGCAUUUCAAUUAUUUUGUGACAAAGUUCAAGCGAUGACCAAACAAGAAGUUGAUUUUGAUUUACCAUUUAGAGAUCUUGGCUAUUAUGGCGUUCCAAAUCGGUCGAAUGUUUUAUUACAGCCCACUUCUGGAUGUUUGGUCAAUCUUACAGAUUGGCCACCAUUUGUCAUUACACUUGAAGAUGUUGAAUUGGUCCACUUUGAACGUGUACAGUUUCAUCUGAAAAAUUUUGAUAUGGUUUUCGUAUUCAAAGAUUAUUUCCGUAAAGUAGCAACAGUAAAUUCGGUACCGAUGAACAUGUUGGAUCAUGUAAAAGAAUGGCUUAAUUCAUGUGAUAUUCGUUAUACAGAAGGUAUUCAAAGCUUGAAUUGGGCUAAAAUUAUGAAAACGAUUACGGAUGAUCCUGAAGAUUUUUUCGAAAAUGGUGGCUGGUCAUUUUUGGAUGCAAACGAUAGUGAUGAAGGUGAAGCUGCCGAAGAGCUUGACGAAGAAGAUGAUGCAUAUGAUCCAUCAGAAUCUGAAUUUGAUGAUAAUGAAGAGUCUGAAUCCGAAUAUUCGGAUGAAUCAAUAUCCGAAGAUGAGUCUAGUGAUGAGCGUUCACUUAGUUCAAGUGAAGAAUCUGGAAAAGAUUGGUCCGAAUUAGAAGAGGAAGCAGCGAAAGCUGAUCGAAAUCUUGGUGAAUUUGUCGAUGAUUAUACGGCAAAAAAACGUAAAGUAAUGAGUAAAGGUAGUGGUGGUGGUAAAUCAGAAAAACCAUCAUCGAAUAAUCAUCACCGUCCUCAUAAUAAUCAUCAUCAUUCGAAUAAUUCGAUGAAACGUCGUGCAGAUGAUCAUCAUUCAAAACAUUCAAAUUCACAUAAUAAUAAGAAACGAAAGCAUUAACCAAACAAUUUUUUUGACAGACAAGUGAUGGCUGGCUGGCUUCAACAACUCUAUCCAUUUUUUCUAAAUGAUGAUUGUAAAUUAUUUUCAUUUCCAUUCAUUGAUUUAUCAUUCAUGAAUUAUGAACCAUUAUUAUCAACCCUGAAAAAAACAAAAAAUCGCACUUGGAACACUUUUUAAAACAUUGUAAUAAUUCUUUUUCUUAACUAUUAUUCUUUAAAAUAAUAAUUUUCAUCUAAAAAAAUUGAAUUUUUUUGUUCG